AUGGCUCAGAUUAGAGAACUUGUUGAGCUUCCUUUGAGGCAUCCACAGCUCUUCAAGUCCAUCGGUGUUAAGCCUCCUAAAGGAAUCUUGCUCUAUGGCCCUCCAGGUUCAGGCAAGACACUGAUUGCUCGUGCUGUUGCUAAUGAGACCGGUGCGUUUUUCUUCUGUAUCAAUGGUCCGGAGAUCAUGUCCAAGCUAGCUGGUGAGAGUGAAAGCAACCUUAGGAAAGCCUUUGAGGAGGCUGAGAAGAAUGCACCUUCGAUCAUUUUCAUUGAUGAGCUUGAUUCCAUUGCUCCAAAGAGAGAAAAGACUCAUGGGGAGGUUGGGAGAAGGAUUGUUUCACAGCUCUUGACGCUUAUGGAUGGGCUUAAAUCUAGAGCACAUGUGAUUGUUAUGGGAGCAACCAACCGUCCUAACAGCAUUGACCCAGCUUUGAGAAGAUUUUAUUUAAUCAAUGGCCAUAAAUUGUGA